GCCUGAUCGCCCCUAACUGCCUCUGCCUUGGCCCCUGCCACCGUGGCUUUGUCCGGAAGGACAUCCGGAAGACAUCUGGUCUAAUUAGCAUAUUACCCUUUUAUUAGUAUAGAUAAGCAUUUCUUUAAAUACACUUUGCAAAUGGAAAAUGGCUUAGUGACACUUUGGAUUUUUGUCAGAGAACCUACAAUUUUUACACUUUUGUCUCAAAGAGUUUCUAUAUAUACAAAGGAGAGGUAGUUAAGAUAAUUAUCUAAAAAUUCAAGUUAAAUAAGAGGAAAAUGGAACAUUGGGGCAUUUUUACCUUUGGCAGGGCAAUCACUAAAUGAUGUAAAGUGUAUACUAGUCCACUUUGUGAAUUUUUUACCCAAUCCUGUUUUUUAAAUUUAUUCUAUAAGUCUCGAUGUUUUCUAUUCUGAAGCAGAAAAUUAAUGAAAAAUAUUCAAGUUAGAUUUUUUAAAUCAGAUAAUCCUGAACAAAAAUACCAGUCAUUAGGUACUAAAACAUAUUGUACAUUUGUAUAAAUAUAGGCCUUUUAAAGUGACUUUGAAAAAAGAUUUUGUAUUAUACCAUUGUGUUUUCAUUGGGCUUGCAGUAUGUUUAUGGUCACCUUUAUAAAUUCGGCCAAGUGUAAGUUAUUUGAAAAGCUGUCUUCAUUUGUGCACAGUGGAAUUGUGAAGUUUUUAAUAGAAGCCAUGAGAUUUUUUAUACCUGCAUUAAAUAUUAAAAUGUGCAUUCUUUUCUAUGCUACCAGGAAUUUUAAUUUCCCUUUGGAAUGUGAAAAAUACAUAGUAUGCAUAAUAACAACUCUGGUUCCACCAGUGCCUGAUGUUGAAAGUAUUUUAAAAGAACCCCCUCUGUCCCUCGCAAGCUGGCUGGGGCCAGAAAUCAUCUCCAGGACUUACCUCGCCCACCUUUUCCCAGGACCACUUCUGCCAAGAGGGAAGGGUGGCACAGGCAUGCAUAGAGCACCCAGAAGAUGGACCGUAGAUUUGGUUAGACGUGGGGUCAGCCCUCAGGACUGUUUGGACUGGAAGCAGGUGUUCUACAGCCAAGAAAACAAGAAAUAACAUUGAAAUUCUCAGUGUUAUUCUGUCACAUUAAAUACUCAGUAACUCAUCUUGCUAUAUUUGCAAAAACAUACCCGUCUGAGGAAUCAGAACUCUUUUUUCCCAUAAGAGAAUGUGGCAACAUAAGGAGAAACGUGGAUUCAAAAUGCUUUUGAUUUCUCAGAGAAUUGUUAAUGGAUAGUUUAUAAUGUAGUAUUAUAACAUAAAUAUUACAUACUAUAUUUGGAGGUAUAGGUCAUAUAUUAUGCCACAACAAAAUAAGUUUCAAUAGUUUUAAAAUAUAGAUAUGAUGCAAAGUAUCUUUUCUGUCCAUAAUGGGAUAAAGUAGAAAUAAAAAACAAAAGUUAAAAAAAUAUAUAUUUUGUGGAAAUUAUGCAAUAUACUUUUAACCAACUAAUGGAUUAAAAAAAGGCACAAGGAAAAAAUAUUUAGAGACUAGUGAAGCAAAAAAACAACUUAUGAGACACAGUGAAAAUGGUGCUGGGAAAAAUUUAUAGCUAUAAACAUUUACCUUAAAAAACAAGAAAAAAACUCAAACAAUCAAACUUUACAACCUAUGAAACUCAGAAAAGAACUAAACCUAAAGCUACCAAAAGGAAAGACAUAAUAAAAUUACAAAAGAGAAAGGUAAAAUAGAGAAUAGUAAAGGGAAUAGAGAAAAUAAAUGAAACCAGAGGUUAGUUCUUAGAAAAGCUAAAAAAAAAAUGACAAAACUAUAUAGCUUAAUGGACAAAGAAAAAAGGAGAAGACUCAAAUUACUAAAAUCUUAAAUGAGAGCAGAGACAUUACAAUGGAUUCUACAGAAAUAAAAAGGAAUAUAAGAUUGUAUGCCAAGAAAUUGGAUAACCUAGAUGAAAUGAACAAAUUGAACAAAUUUCUAGAAUCACAAAAUCUAUGAAGAAAAAAGUCAUGCCUGGC